CUUUUUUUUUUUUUUUACAGGAACUGUUGCUUUUAAAGAAGAAAACAGGAUGGAAAUGUAUCUUAUUUCAGUUCUUUUAGCAAGUAUCCUCAUCAUACCAUUCACACUCAAAACUUUUUACCCUUAUCUUUGGAAGGAUAUUCUGUAUGUCGGGGAUCUGCUGCGGAUUAUAGUGAGGUUUGUAUCAAGGCGAAGAAGGAGACCUUUCUUCUUUGUUUUGGACCGUUUCUUGGAGCAGAGCGCUGCGCAACCGGACAAGCCGUUCAUUGUGUUUGAAAAUGAAAGAUACUCGUACGCAUACAGUGAUAAAAGGAGUAACCAAACAGCCAACGCGCUUCAGGCUCACCCAGGCUUUAAAGCUGGAGACACCGUCGCACUCUUCAUGGGGAAUGAACCCGCCUUCAUGUUUACCUGGCUGGCUCUGGCUAAAUUAGGCUCCCCCGUGGCUCUGCUCAAUCACAACAUCCGCACCAAGUCUCUGCUGCACUGCUUUAACUGUUGCAAAGCUAAAGUGUUGAUAGCAGCCUCAGAGCUAAAGGACGCGGUGGAGGAUGUGCUGCCCUCUCUGAUAGAGCAGGGCGUCACUGUCCUCCUGAUGACCAAACACUGUGACACACCUGGAAUCGAGAGCUUCUCUGAUAAAGUGGACGAGGCAUCGGACACCCCACUCCCUCGAUCCCUCAGAUCACACAUCACAUUCAAAAGUCCUGCGGUUUAUAUUUACACCUCUGGAACUACAGGUCUCCCUAAAGCAGCUGUGGUCAAUCAGAACCGCCUCCUGACGGCUCUGGCUGUUUUAUCGUCAAACGGUGUAACGCCUAGUGAUGUCAUCUACCUCAACCUGCCUCUGUACCACACGGCUGGGUUUAUUAUAGGCUUUAUUGGCUCCAUUGAGACAGGGUCAACUAUAGUUCUGAAGAGGAAGUUUUCUGCCUCUCAGUUUUGGGAUGACUGCAGGAAACACAGUGUGACUGUUAUCCAGUACAUCGGAGAGGUGAUGCGUUACCUCUGUAGCACACCAAAGAGAGAAAAUGACAAGGACCACAAAGUAAGACUGGCCAUUGGUAACGGCAUCAGAGCAGACAUAUGGAGAGAGUUUCUCGGUCGCUUUGGGAACAUUCAGGUCCGAGAGUUUUACGCCUCCACUGAGGGAAACGUAGGAUUUGUCAACUAUGUGGGAAAAAUUGGAGCCAUUGGACGCAUCAACUUUUUGCAUCGGAAGCUGUUUCCCUACACUCUUAUUAAGUAUGACACAGAGCGAGAUGAACCAGUUCGAGAUGCUAGUGGCCUCUGCAUGGAGUCUCCCAAAGGUGAGACAGGACUGCUGGUGUCGAAGAUCACAGACGUUGCUCCUUUCGUCGGCUACGCCCAGAAUGAAGAGCAAACAGAGAGGAAGAGACUCCGUAAUGUUCUCAAGAAAGGAGAUCUUUACUUCAACAGUGGAGACCUAAUGAGGAUUGAUAAGGACAACUUCAUUUACUUUCAGGAUCGCGUGGGUGACACAUUCAGGUGGAAAGGUGAGAAUGUGGCCACAACCGAGGUGUCUGACAUCCUGACGAUCAGUGAUUGUCUCAAAGAGGCCAACGUUUAUGGAGUCCAAGUGCCAGGGCAUGAGGGGCGGAUAGGAAUGGCAGCUGUUACGGUGAAGGAGGGCGCCCAGUUUGAUGGAAGUAAAAUAUAUAACCAUGUGGUCAGCUACCUGCCCUCAUAUGCGCGACCUCGCUUUAUAAGGAUACAGAAUGCCGUGGAGGUAACUGGGACAUUCAAGCAAAUGAAGGUGAAGUUAGUGGAGGAGAGUUUUGAUCCGGGACGUAUCCGGGACCCACUUUAUAUCCUUGGCGACAGUGAGAAAAGCUACAUACCACUGACAGCUGAGAUUUACUGUUCCAUCAUAUCAGGAAAUAUAAAACUAUGAGCAGGCUCUUAGUGUUCUCUAACUGUGCAGGCUUUUCAGACUGGCUGCACUGAUACUUUUAAUAAUUAAUCUCCAGCUCAGGGACUGAACAAAUCUCAAAAUAUGCUUCAUGUGUAGUAUCAAAAGCAGUACAUGAGAAAUAGAAGUUUAGGAAUCAUUUUUAAGGAUUCAUGUCAGGGGUCAGAGUCAGCCUGCAAGGGGAGGGGAGGGGAGGGGGCUUGAUAAUAUAAAUGAUAUAUUUACUGGCAAGUGAUUAUAUAAAUAGUAUAUUUACUAGCAUGUUGACUUCUUUUCAGUAUGAGGACUGUUGCUUUUACUCUGUUCAGUCAGUGAAUGGUGUGGAGAAGUGGUGCUGCUGGGAUGGUUGCAGCAAAGACACAGUAUGGAUAAACAGAUACUGUCGUUUAAUGAGGUGCUUCUAACAGCCUUCAUGGAGAACAAACUGUAAGGCAGUAGCUAUUAAACUUUCUCUCACAAGUAAAAUCUGAUGUACUUCACAGAAUACUUUGUUUUUAGGAAAAAUGUAAGUAGCAUGUAGUGGUUUAUGAGUUACACAAAGUAUGUGCAACAGGCUCAAACACAAAUUUUAUAUUUUUGUGCCAGUAUCUGUAAAUGUAAAUUUCCUAAACAUUUCCUAAACAUUAAAGUGAGU